AUGGUUGUGACGUAUAAUUCGCGAAAUCCAGCUGUCAAACGGUUAAUGAAAGAGGCACAAGAACUGUCAGAGCCCACUGAACUAUACUUUGCCAAACCUCUAGAGGAUAAUCUGUUUGAGUGGCACUUCACGAUAAGAGGUCCUGAAGAUUCUGACUUUCAGGGCGGUUUAUACCAUGGAAGAAUUCUUUUGCCUUCAGAAUACCCAAUGAAGCCUCCAAAUAUCGUGUUGUUAACUCCAAAUGGACGUUUCGAAAUACAUCGGAAAAUAUGUUUAAGUAUUUCAGGAUAUCAUCCCGAAUCAUGGAGACCAUCAUGGUCUAUUCGUACUGCGUUGUUAGCAUUGAUUGGAUUCAUGCCUACUCAUGGUGUCGGUGCAAUCGGCUCACUUAAUCAACCAAAAGAAGAACGUCAAUUAUUAGCUCGCAAAUCACAGAGUUAUGUUUGCAGUAUAUGUGGACCAACUAACAAUUUACUUCUGCCCUUAACUACAGCUUCAUCAUCAAUGAAUAAAGAAGCCAGUGAGGCUGCUGCUCAAAUAUCUAUGAUGAGUGAGGAAGAAUUUAGGAAUAAGAAAGCAUUCACUAAUUCAAACACACCUACUACUACUACUACUACUACUACUGCUAACAAUAAUGAUCAUCAUACAAAUUCUCUCUCCGGCAUUACAUCACAAUCGAACUUAUCAUCUGGGAAUCUAAUUAAUCCAUCGUUAACACCGUCCACUUCUUCAUUUACUACUCCAUUUGCAAUGCCUUCUUUAUCUUCUCCUACUCAAAGCAAUACUGCUAACAUUGCUGAAAAUAUGAAUUCAUAUCUAUGGACUGGAUUUCCGUCAUAUAUGUAUCCUUAUCGAAAUGAGAAUAUACCACCACAAAUUGCAUAUUGGUUAUGUUUUCCAGUAUAUUACCCUGUAUCACCGUUUCCUAUGAAUGCAAGCUCAUCAUCAUCAGUAGCGACUGGAUUAAAUUCGACAACUGAUAGUGGUACAGCUAGUGGGGAACGUGUACCUUUAAGUUUUGGUGAAUGGUUAAAAGAAAUUCGAGAAAAAGAAAAAUCUGCAGGUACUUCUGUUCAAGAUACAAUAUCUCCUUCCUCUUCUUCUUCUUCUACUACUACUACCAUUAUUGAUACUACUCAAGUUACUUAUAUAUCACACAGCAAUGAGAACAUUAAACCAACAACUUCAAAAACAUUAUCACCGGCAAACCAAAGCAAAGAAGUUGUUGAUUCAUCAGAAAAUCAAGUUCAUACAAUAACUGAAACAGUUUCUUCACAAAAUAAAAAUGAAUCAGAUACUAAAGAGUUAUCUUCAUCCAGUAUAACUGAUAAAUCACCGGAAUAUGAUUCAAUGAAACAAACAAACUCAUAUGAACAUAAAGUUCCAGAUAGUCCAUUAAUUGAUGAUGGUACAUCAUCGAAAACUAUAGAUAACAGUAAUACUAUAGAAACUAAUGAAUCAUGUAAAGAGAAUAAAAGUGAAACACAAAAAACAGAUAGAUUACAUCAUAGAAUAAUGAAUCAAUCAAUGAAUACAUUAAAUCAUCAUGAUAAUAAUCGUAUAUCCAAUGAACAUAUUAGACAAUCUACAUCAUUUGUUCAAUAUCAUACAGCAACAGUAUGUGCUGUUGGUGUAGCUAUUGCUUUAUUUAUUAUUGUUAUGCGUCGAUUAGCAAUCAUAUUCCAAGAGGUUUAA